AUGAGAUUGUUCCAAUAUUGUAUGAGCUCAACUAAUUCCGGCUCUCCAGCCAAAAGCGAUAACCAAUCUUCCAAUGGCCCAAUACCUAGUGGCCAAGUUGGGGGUACUACAGUCUCCGGCAGACCUCUGGUUUACAUCAAAAAGGAUUCGAUACCUGGUCCCAAUGGUGAGUUUCUAGUACCGGCAACUCCUGCCCCUCCAAUGUAUAACGUCCAAGGUCCAUAUCAACAAGUGUUAUACUAUUCCCAACAAGUUCCAAUACAAUAUGUACCAGCACAGCUUCAUGGUUCAACUCCUCCUCCAUCUGGACCUGGUCCACAUCAACAAGUGUCCUCGCCGCAACAUAAUCAUCGUAGUUCGCAUCAAUCACAACUAAGGCCGAAUCAUCAGGCACAUCAACCCCACAUAUCCCAAUUAGCAGCCCCACCACCACAAGAUAGGUUGAUUCCUCUGCAUCAGGUUCCACCAUAUGGGGGAAUGAUACCAGGUGCGGCUGUGCACUCGUAUCAACAACAACAGCAACAACAACAACCCCAGCAACCCCAUCAGCAUCAGCAUCAACAUCAGCAUCAGCAACCACCUCCUCCAACAGCACAAAUGCAGCAGAUUUCUCAAUCUCAACAAUUUCCUCCUACUCAGAUAGAGUCUCAACCAUUACAACAGCCUCCACCGCCGUCAUCAACUACUCAAGAUGACGUGCAAGGAAAGAAGAGACAAAAGACAAAACCAAAUAUGGUACAACAACCACAACAGCAGCAGCAACAGCAGCACCAAUUAGGGUCUACCCGAAGACGAGCUCCUACAGCUUGUGAUACCUGUCGUACGAAGAAGAUCAAGUGUGACAAUGUCAGACCUCGGUGUGGUAGCUGUGUCAAGAAUGGGAUUGUCGACUGUCAUUAUAGAGCUGACGAUGUUUCGGACUUUCUGACGUCAAAUGUUGCUUCAGGAACAAUACUAAGCAAGUUAGAUAUGAUUUUGAACGACCUUGCUAUACUCAAGAGUACACGCAUAGCAGCAAACGAUGCAAAAUCUUCAAUAGGUGCAAAUACAAAUUAUUUCAAUGGAGAAGGAGGGGGUGAGAGCAAGAGAUAUAAUUUUGAUCGUUGUAAUUGGGAUAUGUCCUUAACAUCUAUGUUGAAAUGGGAUUACUUUAUGAAAGCCAGUAAUACCAAUUUGGACUUUGCAGAUCAAAAGACUAAUAGUUUACUAAAGAAAUAUGGUGGAUUACUGAUCUCGCAAAAGGUUGGCUCGUUUCAAGAACAAGUUACCAUGGGUGAAAGGGUCGACCGGUUAAUUUCCAAGUGUGCCUCUUCACUUUUAAAUUCGUAUUUGACCAAUUUCCAACCCAAAUUGCCAGUAUUAGACAUUGGUUCAUUAAUUUUGACAUUUGAGCUUCUUUCCUAUUUAACCAAGAAAAACCCAAAGUUAACCAUUUUGAAAUGUGUCGAGUUAUUAGCAGCAGGGGAUGAAUCCAAGUAUCCUAUCAAUAAGGUUCACUUCGAAGAAAUGUGCCAACAGCUUCCAUUAUUUGUUGUUGUGUGUGCCGUGGGAUUCCUAUCGACUAAUGUCCAAUUGGAGAACUUUUCCAAAUUUGGAAGCUCUUUGGAGGAAAGAAAAUCUGUUUCCUUGGGUUGCAUCAAUGAAAGAGUCUUGGAAGAGUUGGGACUACCUAAGGAUAGAGGUCUUGUUUCACUUUAUUUAUUAAGAUACUCUGAGAUGAUAGACAAUACCUUUCAUAUCAUGGAUAAGUUCCCGUGUAUCAAAGCGGAAUUGCAUUUAAUACGAAGUGGCUACUUUUUGCUUGUUGCCCUGCCAAUGAAAGCAUAUUCGGAAAUAUUGAGGGCUUGCCAUCAGCUCAUGUAUUAUUUGGAAGUUAAGAAGAAAGAGGAUACACCCAGAGCUCAUGAUUUCAUAGAUCGGUUAUUUUGGUCAUGUUUGAAAAUUGAAUGUGAAAUGCGUGUUGAGCUUUCACCAUAUGUUUAUAUUUCAGGUAUCACUCAAUCGGCCAAGACAGCUGUGUUCCCCAAAAUCCCUCAAUCUAAUCAAGAAGACGGUUACGAUAGUGAUAGUGAUCCUAUAUUUCUUGGAACCAACAUUCAAACGUCGGAUGAUAUUUCCCAUGAGGGAUCUCCCAAGCAUCCUUCUGGCGACUGGAACGGAGAUAACGAUGAUCUGAAUAAGAACCGAAUGGUUAACAGUGACGACACUGAACAUGUUUUAAUACGUCAAUUCAUACAUAAGUCACGGCUGAUAGCUGCGAAAUAUGAAGAUAAAUAUUCAUGGUAUUUCUUUCUUACCGAAAUUGCCGUUCGUAAAGUGGAUAAUAAGUUAUAUGAUGAAAUUUACACUUAUGAGGUUGCAAAUAAACAGCAGUUGUGGGAUCAGCCAGAGUUUUACGAGGAAAAGCUAUGGUCAGUUGUUAUAAAAUAUUUGAACCAAUAUAACGGUAUAAUAAAUUGCUUACCUUCACGAAUCCGAGGGUUCUUGAUGCAAGAAGUGGAUGUCCAUCAAAUUCACAGUAAUAUCAAAAGAAGACGGAACAAAAAGUUAUCUAAUCAAUUUGAUGAUGAACUUUAUUUGGAUGAGUUUUUAAUAGAUGAAGAUAUUAUUUUGAACGCCCAAUCGGAAGCAAUUAUUUUCAUUAAAACUCGGUUUGUGGUUUCCAAGAUGACAUUAUUCAGACCAAUUAUUUACAUGAUUCUACAAGAUAGAAUCUCGCUCAAAGAGUUGGUUGAUAGUGCUAUUUCUGUUCUUCAUCCACCAGAGGCAAAGAAACAUCAACAGCAACCACAACCAGGUCUGGCUGGUUAUCUGUCAUCGCACCCUUCUUCAACCAACGCUCCUGGACUGGCCUCUUCGGUUUCGUUUUCACCGGAUUCAAACUCGCUGCAACUGGAGUUUAUGUUGAAUAUGGAUUAUUUAGAUGAGGCACCUCACGAAUAUCAAAAACAUUUCAUUGAAGAAGACUUUAGUUCUGUGAUUGAACUGAAACAAGGAGAUGAGAUAGUGUUAAAGAAUUUACCCAUGGCAAGAUUUAGGAUCUUGCGGGUGUUUAUAAUGCAUUUACUUACGAUUCCCAAGAUGACAAUUCCCAAGAUUUCUGGCCAUCGUCAUGCUGGAAGUUGGUAUUAUUUACGGAACUUGUUUGUGGGAAGCAUACUCAAUUAUCUUUUGUAUAAAAAGAUGACCGAUAUGUUGACCACAUAUAUGCAGAUGAGGCAUGUACAGAUGCAACAACAAUAUCAACAGAGGAAGGAGUUUGAAGAUACAACCGAGGGACCUGAGUUGGUGACACCACCAUCAUCAGCAACUGGAUCUACCAGUACUCCCACGGCACCUCCUCCGUUAGAGUUACCUACUGGAGUUGAUUUGAUGUCGAUGAUGUCUGGGAUCAUUUCCAAGGAUUCUGUGGUUAACUUUUUGGAGCAUCUGAUUGUUGUAUUUGAAUAUUGGCAAGAAGAGAGUCGUGAUUGCACCAUUUACAUUGAAUAUAUGCGGGCCUGUUUAGCUUCUUUAUGA